AUGCUUCCAGACUUCAGAAGAAGAUUUACAGAAGAUCCAGGCAUGACAGAAGCACUUCCAGGCAUGACAGAAGCACUUCCAGGCAUGACAGAGGCACUUCCAGGCAUGACAGAAGCACUUCCAGGCAUGACAGAAGCACUUCCAGGCAUGACAGAAGCACUUCCAGGCAUGACAGAAGCACUUCCAGGCAUGACAGAAGCACUUCCAGGCAUGACAGAAGCACUUCCAGGCAUGACAGAAGCACUUCCAGGCACCACAGAAGCACUUCCAAGCAUCACAGAAGCACUUACAGGCAUCAGAGAAGCACUUCCAGGCAUGACAGAAGCACUUCCAGGCAUGACAGAAGCACUUCCAGGCAUCACAGAAGCACUUCCAGGCAUCACAGAAGCACUUCCAUGCUUGACAGAAGCACUUCCAGACAUCACAGAAGCACUUCCAGGCAUGGCAGAAGCACUUCCAGGCAUGGCAGAAGCACUUCCAGGCAUAACAGAAGCACUUCCAGGCAUAACAGAAGCACUUCCAGGCAUGACAGAAGCACUUCCAGGCAUCACAGAAGCACUUCCAGGCAUGACAGAAGCACUUCCAGGCAUGACAGAAGCACUUCCAGGCAUGACAGAAGCACUUCCAGGCAUGACAGAAGCACUUCCAGGCAUGACAGAAGCACUUCCAGGCACCACAGAAGCACUUCCAAGCAUCACAGAAGCACUUACAGGCAUCAGAGAAGCACUUCCAGGCAUGACAGAAGCACUUCCAGGCAUGACAGAAGCACUUCCAGGCAUCACAAAAGCACGUCCAGGCAUCACAGAAACAUUUCCAGGCAUGACAGAAGCACUUCCAGGCAUGACAGAAGCACUUCCAGGCAUGACAGAAGCACUUCCAGGCAUCACAGAAGCACUUCCAGGCAUCACAGAAGCACUUCCAGGCAUCACAGAAGCACUUCCAUGCUUGACAGAAGCACUUCCAGACAUCACAGAAGCACUUCCAGGCAUGGCAGAAGCACUUCCAGGCAUGACAGAAGCACUUCCAGGCAUCACAGAAGCACUUCCAGGCAUCACAGAAGCACUUCCAUGCUUGACAGAAGCACUUCCAGACAUCACAGAAGCACUUCCAGGCAUGGCAGAAGCACUUCCAGGCAUGGCAGAAGCACUUCCAGGCAUAACAGAAGCACUUCCAGGCAUAACAGAAGCACUUCCAGGCAUGACAGAAGCACUUCCAGGCAUCACAGAAGCACUUCCAGGCAUCACAGAAGCACUUCCAGGCAUGACAGAAGCACUUCCAGGCAUGACAGAAGCACUGCCAGGCAUGACAGAAGCACUUCCAGGCAUGACAGAAGCACUUCCAGGCACCACAGAAGCACUUCCAAGCAUCACAGAAGCACUUCCAGGCAUCAGAGAAGCACUUCCAGGCAUGACAGAAGCACUUCCAGGCAUGACAGAAGCACUUCCAGGCAUGACAGAAGCACUUCCAGGCAUGACAGAAGCACUUCCAGGCAUCACGGAAGCACUUCCAGGCAUGACAGAAGCACUUCCAGGCAUGACAGAAGCACUUCCAGGCAUGACAGAAGCACUUCCAGGCAUGACAGAAGCACUUCCAGGCAUGACAGAAGCACUUCCAGGCAUCACGGAAGCACUUCCAGGCAUGACAGAAGCACUUCCAGGCAUCACAGAAGCAUUUCCUGGCAUCACAGAAGCACUUCCAGGCAUCACAGAAGCACUUCCAGGCACUAAUUAUACAGAAGCUAAUUUUUGCACACCCACCCUCCGCCUCGUCUCACUCCGUAAUGGAAGCUCAUUUGUAUGGAAAGAUAAACAAGGAGGAAGCUGUUGA